AUGAAUUCAACAAAUCCAGCAACAGUUCUGGGUUUUGGUAUGUGGGAACAAAUAGUUGACAGGUUUUUGUAUUGUGCAAACUCUUCAAAGGAAACAGGAGGAAGUAAAACGAUUACAGGUGAAAAUUUACCUGCACACAGUCACUACAUAGAUUUAAGUACAUCUCAAGCGGGUUGGCAUAAGCAUAGAUAUUGGGAUUGGUCAGCAAUGACAAAAGGUAAAGGAUAUGAUGUUAAAGACAACGUUAAGUUUGCCAUAAAUUGUUACUGGAGUGACACUCAGGGAGAAGGAAACCAUACACAUCGCGUUUCAGGAUAUACACAAACAACGGGACAAAGUAAAGAUUACAUGCCACCAUUUAUGACUGUAUUCGCAUGGUAUAGAGUUCAAUGA